AUGAAAAAUAUUGCUUUUUAUGCAAUCCGAGAUCUCAUUUCCGCAGCUAUGUACUCAUUUCAAGACUUCGUUGAUUACAUCAAGAUGACAUUUGCUCAGAUACAAAUUAAUGCUUUAACUGCAAAAGCAAAAUCUCAAGAAGCAGCAGAUUAUUCAGGGAAUGCUGUCAAUGGAUUACAAUUUUACGCGAACAAUGUUAAUACUCAUUUCAUGACCUGCAUGAGAACCUCAAAAGAAUUGAUACAAAACAAAAAAAUCACAGAAUUAUUGCAAAAUCUCAACCAAAAGGUAUCUUCUUUAGCUGAUAACGCAUACAAACUCCCAGAAAUGAGCUUAAAGAUUCAGAACACAAUCAAAGAAGUAGAUAGCGAUGUUUCAACAAAAGUUGACGAAUAUGACACGAAAUUCACAGACACAAUCAACAGCGUUGACUUUUCAGAGGUAUACAAGAUUACAGGAAAGGUCGAAGAGUAUUCUGAGCCAGCAAAAGCGGCUUCGAACACUGUAACAAUUUUUGGAAUUAUUUUCUCAGUAAUGAUCAUCGUAACCUACACCAUUAUAUAUUUUAUGUAUGGCAAAUGGUGUAGGUGUUUAUCUUGCUGGUUCCCGACCUUUGGCGUUGCAUUUGCAAUUUUCUUGGGCGUUCCUGCCAUUUUCUUUUCAUUCCUGGUUGUAUUCUUUGAAGGCAGUUGCCCUCACAUGGACAGUUUCGUCGAAAACAUCGCGAAAGACUCGUUUUCGCCAAAAGCCAAAAAUAUCAGCGCUUUGUACUGCUCAGGAGCCGAUAAGUCGCUAUACAGUCUCUUAGAUUUGGAAUCCAUGUUCGAUGUGAACACUUUGCUGCAUCAAUUCAACGAUACUGUGAAAAAUGAGAUUACAAAGGUCGAAAGUGACCCAACAUUAGUGAAAACUCUCGACCAAGUAGCAGCGAUCAACACAUCGCAGUUCAGUUUAGACGGUAUUAUCGAAAUUAUCGGUAUGAAAGAACUUUUGAAGUAUGUUAUCAGUCUUAACCCAUUAUGUAAACGAGAGACUUUAUUAGACCAAGCUGUUGACGAUUAUUUCUACCGGUUGGAGUUCGAACUGAUACCCAUGCUCCAAAAAAUGAUGGACAGUGUCACAAAUUCUGUGAAUUACGCAAAGAAAAUUGGCCCAGAAAUUGAGAGACCCGGCCCCAUAAGCGAGAACCCAGCCGGGAGAAAAGAACGAUAUAAAAUAUAG